UCGGCCUGGCCAAGACAAUCCGUGAGUCACGUUUGUUAUAAGACGUAAUAGUUGCAUUGGCAUUGGUCCCAUUCAAUCAGAUUUACCACUCAUUUGCGACAUGUCAGCUUCCCUGGUGCGGAGGGCUCUAAACUUGUUCACCGAUUUGGAAGAAGUUCGCGAAAACCAAAAAUCGAAGAAGAAAUGUAGGGGCCGGCGUGCACAGGCUGAGCCAACUCUUCACGGCACGAAGAAAAAACCCUUGAAACGUCAGGGCGCCAUGCGCCGGAAGGCGUUGCCAAGUGAGGAAAAGCGGACCCGAGCCAUCAUAGAGGAAUUUAAACAGGCGCAAGAGGCAGACUACACAGAAGAGAAUGUUAAAGCUCUCAAGAAGCUGUCACAGACCUGUAGUAGGGUAAUCAAUAGGGCUGGCUUGCAUUCCAUGAUGCAGAAGACUAAUGCUGACGUGUCAAUUCAAGAUGACGACGACAGACCAACUGCAUUCACAGACGAGGACUUUCGCCGCUUUGAGGAGGAAUAUCACAUAUCCUAAUGGAGUUAUCAUUAAAUGUAUUUGUGGUUUUA